CUGUAAGAUUCUAUGAUGCGAUGUGGACAUUGUGCUUCUCUCUGCUGUUCCAGAUCGUGUUCUACGAGGAGAGGAACUUCCAAGGCCGACACUAUGAGUGUUCCUCCAACGAGUGCCCCGACAUGUACACUUACUUCACCCGCUGUAACUCCAUCCGUGUGGAGAGCGGCACCUGGGCGUGUUACGAGCGCUCCAACUUCAUGGGCUACAUGUAUGUGUUAACCAGGGGAGAGUAUCCGGACUCCAGUCGCUGGAUGGGCUUUAACGACUGCAUCAGAUCCUGUCGCUCCAUCCGUGUGGCCAGGAGUGGGGUCCACAAAAUGAGGGCGUUCGAGAGGCCCGAGUUCGGGGGUCAGUCCGUGGAGUUCAUGGACGACUGCCCCAACCUGCAGGAUUGCUUCCCCUCCCGCGAGAUCCAGGCCUGCAGCGUGACGGACGGCACCUGGGUCUUCUAUGAGCAGCCCAACUACAGGGGGAGGCAGUACCUGCUGGAGCGGGGGGAAUACAGACGCUACACUGACUGGGGAGCCCCCAACCCCAGGGUUGGUUCCUUCCGCCGGGUCCUGGAAGAUUAAACUCCAACCC